AACCCCUUCGAAACUUUGCAACAGUCCAAACAUAGCUGCCGGGAGCAGGUUACAUUUCGUAAAGGUGUGGCUGAUUUUGACUGAACUAUAAUUACAGUAGGAAAAUGGUUUCCAACAUGGUGAAAACCGCCAUCGUGGGCUCUGUCGGUGUCGCUGUCAUUAUACUCUCAUCGACGUUGGGCUGGAUUCUCGUUCCCGAUAUCGCCACUUCGGAAGCUGUAAUUACAAAAGACAACGAAGCCGUUUAUGGUGCGUGGACGAUCCCUCCCGUUCCUAUUUAUCUCGAGUUUUUCUUGUUCAAUUGCACGAAUUGCGACGACCCUACAAACGGAAGCGUCGUUUUAAAUCUAGAUCAACUAGGGCCAUUCUCUUUCACGGAAGGUCGAAUCAAAUUCAACGUCAUUGAAGAAAAUGGAUUGUUGUCUUAUCGAGAAAACAUUUCGUACUUUUACACUCCUAAAGAUGGCGAGCGUGACUUGGAUGUGAACGUCACGACGGUUAAUCCGGUUUAUUUCACAUUGGCCUCAUUAAUUUCCGAUAAUGCCCAAACCCCAGCAAUCGCUACGAAGCUUUCCGGGUUGAUGCACGAACUGUUGGCAGACGAAGGCGAGCAUCCUUUUAUGACGCAUACUGUGCGCGAAAUGCUUUUCGAAGGAUGGAGCCUUCAACCUUAUGUCAACAUUCUGGAAUUGCUCUAUGAACAAUUAUCUAACAAUACUGACCUUACACUCCCGCCAUUGCCAGAGCUACCCGAAGAUCCGAAAUUCGGUUUCUUCUACGGGAGAAACGGUACCAAUUUGGGAGAAUUUACGAUUGAGUCAGGAGCCAACGAUCUCAACGAAUUAGGCUACAUCAAAAAAUGGAAUGGAAAGUCAAGUGUCGAAUACUGGAAUGACACGUUCUGCAAUAUGAUCAACGGAACUGAUGGAGCAAUUUACCCACCCAUUGUGGACGUCAACGAGAAAAUAUACGUUUUCACUCCAGACGUUUGUCGGUCAUUAUACGCCACUUACGAGAAAGACACGGUCACGGAGGGAAUCACCGGCAGACGAUUCACCGUGCCCGAAAUAGUUUUCGACACUCUUGACCCAGAAAACGUUUGCUAUUGUAGUCAGUACAGAGAAAACCCCGACCUCUGCUUCAGUAGAGGCGUUCUAGAUAUGCGACCUUGUCUACUCGGAGUCCCAGUUGUACUGUCAACUCCUCACUUUUACAUGGCUGAUCCGAAAUAUGUCGAUGCUUUUGUUGGGCUCAAACCAAAUAAGGACUGGCACGAGACUCACUUCGAUUUAGAACCGUUGCUUGGCGUGCCGCUUUUCGCCUCUAAAAGACUCCAACUCAACAUCGACGCGCGACGGUACAAGGUGCCCGAAAGAUUUUUGAACAUUAGCGACACAGUUUUCCCUGUCAUUUGGCUCAACGAGAGCGCGAAACUGGAUGCAGCAACCGCCAAUGACGUCAACAAGGCGGUUAACGUGAUCGAUGCACUCAACAUAAGCCGCUGGUGCUUCUUGGGUGCUGGAAUCGCUUUGGUUGUGGCCAGCUUGAUCAUGCUCGUUGUUUACUUGACGCGAUAGGACGUCAAACACCGACGACGAACAUGAACACAAAUGAUGGAAAAAGCAGCGCAUAUCGCUUUGGAGUGCAUACACAUUUCAACCAUGAUUGGAUAUUUACGAAAAUUUGGCGUUCUUAUAUUUGAAUAUUACACAACUAAAUACA